GUUUCCAAUCAUCAGAAACGAGAGCGUACUUUCCGACUCCACUGAACACGGCAGACGCUGUCAUGUUCUGUUGCGUUGGGAGGCGGAAGGAAACGCGGAAGGAACCAGGCCCUGACGAUGGAGUCUGUAAUACUGAAGUUCAUCCUCGAAAAUCAAGGAGCAGUCGACAAGGAAUAUUUGACGUGUAACCUCGGCUCAGGCGACGUUAUUGAUGACAUCAUCAGUAAUCGGGAGAUGUUUGUCCUGUGUCAGCCCUUCGGGCAGCAGAAGGUGGUGGCCCGGACCAGGCUGCAGCUGUGCAGAGUCAGAGAGUGUCUGGGCUCCUGUUACAUGCUGCACCUGUGUAAAAAGUUCCUCUUCACCGGAAACUGUCCGUUCAGGACCAGAUGCAAGCUCUCCCAUCAGCUGGACUCCGACCACAAUAUGGCGCUGCUGAGAGUGCACAAGCUGGAGAGUCUGAGCCGUACGGAGCUGCGCACGCUGCUGGUGCAGAGCGACAACUGGAUGAUGCCCGACAUAUGUCACAAUUACAACAAUGGCGACGGCGAGUUUGGCCUGUGCGGGGAGGGCCAUGACUGCAAGAGGCUACAUAUGUGCGAGAGGUACAUGAACCGCGACUGCAGCUGCUUCAAGACCAAUGAUUUUAACGCCGCACAGCCGUACGCGUGCCUCCAGAGGAGAGGCGUGCCCGACGACCUCUUCCCCUCCCUGAGGUCUGUUUAUGCGAACAAACUGGCCUUGAAGUACGACGACAGAAAGAGCUCCGCUGCCGCCGGCGCCAACAGCAACGAUGCCAACAGCGACGAUGGUCUGAACCCACAACAAAGGCAGUGGUUCAGAGGGAGAGGUGGCAACGGGAGCAACAGAGGCAACAGGGGCAACAGAGGCAACAGGGGCAACAGAGGCAACAGGGGCAACAGAGGCAACAGGGGCAACAGGGGCAACGGAGGUAACAGGGGCAACCAGGGCAACAAUCCUGUACGACAACAAACCUCUUCCCCCGACGACAUCGCCGUAGAUUUCGAGGAUUUGGACCUGUACACCGAAGACGGGCAGCCGCUCAACUCCUCCGCCAGUGACGUGGACGGCAAGAACAGAAAACUAAAACCGGAUCAAACUUUGCCGGCGGCCAGUGGGCGCGGCGGCCAUAGCGGCAACCACGAACCGCUGCAGCGGACCCGCUCCACUAACGACAUCCCCGGCGCCGUCAACGCCGAGCCGAGCGGCGGCGACGGGCCGAGCCCGAGACCAAGGCCCGUCAGAGAUAAAACGGCGAUAUGCAUGUUCUUCAUCAAAGGACACUGUAUACACGAGGAGCAAUGCUUUAAAGUCCACAACAAGCUGCCGUACAAAUGGGAGGUCAGAGAGGGCAGUCAGUGGACCGACCUGCCGGAUAAUGAGACGAUUGAGAAGCACUACUGUGACCCUAAAAACACUUACAGUGGCGGCUUCCCACCAGUGAAUUUUGACACGAUGACCCACGGAUCGGGCAAAGUGCGGCGACUCUCGACCACAAACUCUUUGCUCGAGCCCACCUUCAUCCACACCACCGAGUGGGUUUGGUACUGGGAGGACGAGUCCGGGAACUGGAACACUUACGCUUCAGCUGCGGCUGGACACAAAGCAGCGGACAUGGACAGCGCCACGAUGGAGCACAGGUUUCUGAGCAAUGACAAAGAUGUGCUGGACUUCACCGCUGGUUCACAGUCAUACUCACUCAGCUUCCAGGACAUGAUUCAAACAAACAAGGAGUACGGCACCAAGAGGCUGGUGAAAAGACGGCCCCGGUUUGUCUCCGCGGCCGACGUCCUAACAAAGAGAGUGAGAAGGCCACAGAAUUUCACCGCCCUGCCCGACAGCUGGGACAGAGCGCAGAUUCCACAAUCGGGAUUCACGCGAGUCCCCCUCGUGCGCUCCUCGGAGGAAUUUAAGGAGCUCGAGAUUCUUUUCUGUAAAUCUCUGCGAGGCUUCGACAUCGUUAGAAUAGAGAGGGUCCAGAACAAAGCCCUUUGGGAGCUCUUUCAGUGGCAGAAGACGCAGAUGAAGAGCAACAACCAGGGCCGCAAUGUGACCGAAAAGCAGCUUUUUCACGGCACCGACUCCAAAUACGUUGACGUCAUCUGCAAAACCAACUUUGACUGGAGAGUGUGUGGAGUUAAUGGAACGGUCUUUGGCCAAGGUACUUACUUUGCCCGGGACGCCAAAUACUCCCACAGCUACACCGGGGACUCUGACGUCAAAUCCAUGUUCGUCUCCCGGGUGCUGGUGGGAGGCUACACCAAGGGGCACUCCAGCUACCGACGACCUCCCCCCAAGGACGGCGGGGACAUAAACUUCUUCGACAGCUGCGUCGACGACGUUAUGGAUCCUUCCAUCUUCGUCGUGUUCGACAAGCUCCAGAUCUACCCCGAGUACGUGCUGCAGUACAAGGCCACGUACAGCGCUGUGGCGAGACCGGCUCCCCAACCGGUCCGCCCGGCUCCCCAACCGGCCCGCCCGACUCCCCAACCGGCCCGCCCCAGCACAUAUGUUGCUCCGCCCACUACACCCUCAUACAAACCCAGCGCAUAUUCGAGCCAAACCCACCAACCCUCAUAUUACCAACCUGCACAACCACCGCCAACUCCUCCCCCAAAGAAGAAUGAUUCCUGUGUAAUUGCUUAAGGACAAUGGUGACGUGAUGGCAGGCCUCUUUUCUUUUUCUUUUUUAUGGAUAAUUUAAGGAGCUUGAUGGCGCUUGUGCAGACUGCAUUGGGUAAUGGUAUCCAUUAAAGAGUGCAAUGAGCAGCAGAGUGACUUUCACGCAGUUGCAUCACUUAAGAGUGCUUGUUUAUGUGGAAGAACAUGUUCACACUAGAACAAUCAAUCACGGAUUGAAACAGUAUAUUGGAAUUAUGAGUUUCCAUCCAAAAUGAAGUCAACUUUAACGUUUGGCUUUCAUCAGUACAUCAACUCUUCCAAUCUUUCUCUAUUUCCGUCGUGUCCCACUAAAAACAGACGGAUGGAAAGGCGCUUAUUGAGGUGUGGUUAACCUAAAUGUUUGUGAAAUGCUGAGACAGACAUUUGCUCAGGGAAUUUUAUAGAUCACAAUGACAUCAAAUAGUCCUAGUCAUUAUUACAGCCGACAUAGCUCCUCGAGGAGUAGAGGGCGACAUAAUCCUUAUCUGCAUCCUAAAAUGAGUCAUACCACUAAUAGCUUCAUAUAAACAAGAUGUUGUAGGCUGUUUGAAGUUAAAGCAUCAUUUCUAGUUUUUGUGACUAAAAACUUAAAAUAUCUGUAUUUUCCAAAUUGUACUGUUGGAAAACUGCUGAUUAUGUGCUUUUAAAUAAAUAAUACAUGCAUAAACUGCA